ACUCAAGAAUUAAGCAACAAUUCGCACAUAAAAAGUGAUAAAAUAACUCUAUUUUGUAGAGUUAUCAACAAGCUGAUCCCACAGCUCCUAUUGUCCCCACCACCACCGUGCGCAUCCCAAUCAACCCUCAGGACUUGGAGAAGAUCCUUGAUACUUUUCAGGGGACUCUCUAUGAGACGGCGAACCACGUGGUGGAGCAUAUAUACGAAGCCAACCCGAAGGACUUGAGGGUAAUCGAAGAGAGGAGCCCGAAGAACGUCCUGGAGUCCGCCUUGGGGAUGACCCUCACAGCCUGGGCCAGGGCUAGGAAUGAGGAGCUUCAGGCUGAGCUCCAGGUUUCCCAGUCCGCCCUGACUGCUGCUCAGGAAAACGAGCGAGCUGCCAAAGCUGCCCUUGCAGCUGCUCAAAAAGGCGAGCUUGAUGCCAAGGUUGCCCUUGCACUGCCUCAAGAAAGCGAGCAGGCUACAAAGGUUGCCUUGGCUGCUCUUCAAGUCGAGGUCGCUGAGGCCAAAGCCAAGCAGCUGAAGGUCGAGGUUGCUGUUAAAGAGGAAAAGGCGGCCUUGCUAUCCUCCAUGGAGAGCAUGAUGUAUCACUGCUGGGCCUUCAACCAGGAUGGUAACUUCUCCUUCUUGGCUCCUAAAGUGUGGGAUCCAUACCUUGAGAAGUUCAAAGCUCGGAUCCUACAAGAGCAGUCUAAGACCGGGGAUGCUUCCACUACGGGUGAGCAGGAGACUGAAGAGGUUACAUCCUCAGAGCGCCCUGGAGGGGCUUGAUUUUCUUUUUCUUUUUUGUAAACAUUCUCCAUUUGGCCUAGUUUCAGGUUAUUUUUCCUCGAGACAAUUUGCUUUUAAUUCAUAUAUCUACCUUUUUAUCUAUUUGUCUUUUCCUUGAUUGUCUCUCAUGUUUAGGCUUUUCUAGACUUGCACACUCAAAAUCUUAGGAAUCGACUUUUAGAUCG